GACUGCAAGAAGAUCAAACCUAUCCAUUCUUAAGGAAAUCAGCCCUGAGUGCUCACUGGAAGGACAGAUCGUGAAGCUGAGGCUCCAAUACUUUGGCCACCUCAUGAGAAGAGAAGAAUCCUUGGAAAAGACCCUGAUGUUGGGAAAGAUUGAGGGCACUAGGAGAAGGGGACGUCAGAGGACAAGAUGGUUGGACAGUGUUCUCGAAGCUACGAACAUGAGUUUGACCAAACUGCGGGAGGCAGUGCAAGACAGGAGUGCCUGGCGUGCUAUGGUCCAUGGGGUCACGAAGAGUCGGACACAACUAAACGACUAAACAACAACAAAUUACUUCCCUUCUACUUGGUUGCAGAACAGUGGGUUGGUGGUUUUUUGUUUUUUGUUUUGCAGAUUUGGGAAAUAUUAUUUGUUGAUGUUUGAGAGGUGGGAGAGUAAAAGGGAAAAACAGAGGUGGCUUCUGCGCAAGGAGAGCUGCAACUGCAUCCUCACCCACCCACACCCCAGGCAGUGAAAUAUCAGAUUUUGUUGCUGGUGCAGAGGGUGACAGCCACUUGAGUUGCAUGGAUUCUGUCUUCUGGAAUGACAAUUGUUUUGCUUUUAAACCUGCAGCAUCUAGAAACCUGAUUCCCUUUACUUUUCCACAUACUGGGGGGAACGGGGGGGACGAGGCCGUUCUUAUUGGGUGGUGUGUGUAUGGUAAUUUGGAGACCGGAAGGCAGGCAUUGGGGCAACACUUGAUUCCAAAGGAGAGAAGUGGAGGGAGCAGGGCACUUCAGGGAUAGCCAACAGGGUGCCCCUCAGACACUGCUGGACCAUAACUGCCACCACCCCUGCUCAUUGGCCAGGCUUGCCAGGGCUACACACCAUGGUCCUUUUGUCCAGGAAUCCUUUUCCUCUGUUCCAAACUCAGGGGAUGGGCUAGCAAUGCGAAAGGAACUUUACACAGCUAGUUUUAGAGCUGAGUCCUCGCUUUGAAAAUAGUACACUCCCCCCCCCCCCCGCCAGGCACAGGGAGGGUUUGGGAAAACAGCCUCCCCCAGGGUAUUGACAUGGUGAAGAUCAGGAAUAGGCAAACUCAGCCCUCCAGAUGUUUUGGGACUACAACUCCCAUCAUCCCUGGCUAACAGGACCAGUGGUCAGGGAUGAUGGGAGUUGUAGUCCCAAAACAUCUGGAGGGCCGAGUUUGCCUAUGCCUGGUAAAGAUGCUGCGAUCCCAGAUAACACAGAACAAGGAUCCAAUUCAAGAAUCUUGGAGGAGAUGGCAGCAUAGGUUUAUUUGGGGUUUAGCCGAGGGAGGUGAGGCUUUACAUUCUGCUCAAAUUUUCCCCAGGCAAAUCUCAGCGCAAGCCCUCCAUUUGGCAUGUGCAACUGAGCUCGCUUCCCAUAUUUGAUUCUUUCUACCCCAAAGAAGUACAGCACGAUGAUUAUAUCUUGCACACAUUUAUACCGUGGCUGAUUUCAACUGUACACAGCUGAAGGCAGGCCGGCUGAAAUCGUGCAAGCAAAGCAGAGAGCUAACAAGCUGGUUUUGUGCUGGGUCUGCAUGGGGUUACCUGGCGCGUAGAGCUUUUAAGCUCUCUGUCUUGCUUGAGAGGCAAGGCCUGCUUAGUGCACCAGCUCUGGGAUGCUUGCAUGCGAUCUUGCGAGAACUCAGAUGGUCCUGCGAGAUCUUGCAUGAGUAUCCCAGAGACGCCAUGCCAAGAGGGCCUUGCCCCCCAAGCAAGGCAGAGAGCUUAAAAGCUCUCUUUGUGCUGGGUAAAGGUAAAGGGACCCCUGACCGUUAAGUCCAGUCGUGGAUGACUCUGGGGUUGCGGCCGAGGGAGCCGGCAUUUGUCCGCAGACAGUUUUUCCAGGUCAGCCUGCAUGACUAAGCUGCUUCUAGCAAACCAGAGCAGUGCAUGGGAACGCCGUUUACCUUUCUGCCAGAGUGGUACCUAUUUAUCUACUUGCACUUUGACGUGCUUUCAAACUGCUAGGUGGGCAGGAGCAGGGACUGAGCAACAGGAGCUCACCCCGCCGUGGGGAUUCGAACCACCGACCUUCUGAUCAGCAAGCCCUAGGCUCAGUGGUUUAGACCACAGCGCCACCCCCCCGUCCCUGCUUGGAUUACCCAGCAGUGGUAAAAGGGCUCUGGGAGUACCGGGGGGGGGGUUCUCUCUCCCCUCCUCACCCACUAGCCACAGGAAGUUCCAAGGGUUUCGGCAUACACGAUUUUCUUGUAUACAUGGAGCCCUUGGAAAUGAACCCUUGUGUAACAUGGGCUCAUACUGCAUUGCCAAGAAGAACUGUACGGCCUGUUUCCAAUACUGUACUUAUGCUGCUGGUUUUAAAAUAUACGUGUGGGCGUUCUGCGGCUGAUAGAGACUGUGGGGGCUGAUUACUAGCCUAGAGUUCUCCUCCCCAUCACCACCAAAAAGGCCACACCUUGGAAAGGGGAGGGACACUCGGAAGAUUAACCUCCAAACCUUUGCUGCAGAUUUUCCUACAGCUGCACCCCAUAAAUACGCACCUGUUAUGUACUGAGCUGAAUCCUAGAACAAUAGGAUUCAGAAACAGCGGGAGCUACCCAAUCCAACUCCAGGUGGAAGUGAAUCCGCAACCUGAUUGGCCUGCUGGAGCAGCCAAUCAGGCGGCGGGCAGAAGUGAAUCUGCUACCUGAUUGGCCUGUAGGAGCAGCCAAUCAGGCUGCAGGCAGAAGUCAAUCCACAAUAUAAUUGGCCCACAGGUGUAGCCCUGAAGUAGCCAAUCACGCAAGGCCCAUUGUGUAAAUAAUGUAUAUAAGCAGAUGGUUUUGGGAAAAGAGCCAUUCUUCUUCUCCUCUUCUCCUUGAUGACUAUGAGCUAAAUAAAGAGCAUGAAAUUCACUCUCGACUCCGAGUACAUUUCACUGGCGACGAAGGUGGGAUCCUGCUGAGCUGACCGCCACCACGCACUGCACCGCAGCACCGCCACCUGCUGCACCGCUGCAUCGCACCAUGCAUCCAGGCUUCAGCCCCAGGACCCAAGGAACCCAGAAUGGCAACCGACAGCAGCUUCUCGCCAUUCAAACCAGCAUCAGGAGACUGGGAAGGGUACGCUGCCCGUUUCAACUUCCUCCUGCAAGCGAAAGAAGUCACCAACGAUGCCAUGAAGAGGGCGACAUUCUUCAGCGUCUGUGGAGAGGAGACGUUUGAAAUCGCCCGGGCUCUCCUUGCACCUAGAGAUGUCGCUACCGUCUCGUACAAAACAAUAAUGGAACGGCUGAAGGAGCACUUCUCACCACAGCCCUCGGUGGUAGCUUGCCGAAAUGCCUUCUACGCAAAGCGGCAAGCCCUGGGGGAAACCGUAACUGGGUUUGUGACCUCCCUCCGCCAAGCCGUCCGGCUAUGCAACUUCUCAGAGUUGGAGAACAUGCUUCGUGACCGCCUCGUCGGUGGCCUGAGGGACGAGAUGUUGCAACGACGCCUCUACGCCAAAAAAGACCUCACGUUCCAGAUUGCUCUGGAGGAAGCCCUGGCAACCGAAGCCGCCGAGAGGUCAACGCAAGAGGCACGACCGGCCCCGCCAUCCCAACCGAGGGUCUACCACGAAGACCUCACCGACGAAUCCGAAUCUGACAGGGAGGAAGUACACCGAGUACAGCGGCGCACUCAAGCAGCACACACACCACAGCAGCCUCGACGAGAAGGAGGGAACUGUGCAAGCUGCGGGGAGAACCACGAGAGGAGGACCUGUCGUUUCCGCAACGCAGAGUGCAGGCAGUGCAGAAAAUUGGGACACAUCGCCCGGGUGUGUCGGGCUCGACUCACCCGUCGACAAGCAUCAGAUGACCGACCCAGGAGCCCCAGGUCACACGGCACCAUGCACCAAGGCAACUCGACGGAGAUCACGGACUACCAGGGAUUCCUGGCGUCACCCCCUUCUUCGAUGAUGUACUGAUCGCCGGGCCCACACCAGAGGAAUUUGAGGACCGCCUCCGCUCCGUCCUGCACCGUUUCCAGACGGCGGGCCUCAAGGUGAAGCGGGAAAAGUGUUUACUGGGAGUGCCGCAGGUGGACUUUCUGGGAUUUAAGGUGGACGCAGAAGGGGUCCAUCCAACCGAUGACAAGGUACGGGCCAUUUGUGAGGCCCCAGCGCCCAAGAGCAAGCCCGAACUUCAGUCAUUCUUGGGACUAUUGAACUUUUACCAUGCCUUUCUUCCGCAUAAGGCAGCGGUAGCGGAGCCCCUACACAGACUCCUAGAUAAAAGGGCCCCUUGGGUGUGGGGCCAGCGACAAAGGGCCGCAUUCCAGGCAGUCAAGGACUUGCUCGUCUCGAACUCGGUCUUGGCACACUUCGACGAGAGGCUGCCAGUGGUGCUGGCAUGCGACGCCUCUCCCUAUGGCAUCGGCGCUGUCCUGGGACACCAACUCCCGGAUGGAAGAGAGGUGCCGGUGGCAUACUUCUCCCAGACGCUUGCUGCAGCCGAACGAAACUACUCACAGAUUGACAAGGAGGGUCUGGCAAUCGUGAAGGGCGUAAAAAAAUUCCAUGAUUUCUUGUAUGGGCGGCCCUUUACCAUAGUGACUGACCACAAGCCGUUGCUUGGCCUGUUUGCCCCCGAGAAGCAGACCCCCCAAGUGUUGUCUCCACGUGUCCUCAGGUGGUCAAUUUUCCUUGCCGGCUACCAGUAUGCACUAAUCCACCGCCCUGGGAAGGCGAUGGGCCACGCAGACGCCCUCAGCAGGCUACCACUACCAGAAACAGGCCCCGACCCAGCGCCUGCGCAAGAGGUUAUGACCCUGGAGCUGCUUCCCGACCGACCCAUUCAGGCACAAGAAGUUGCGCACCAUUCCACAAAAGAUAGGGUCAUCUCCCGGGUCCUGGACUGGGUGUGGCGAGGAUGGCCCAGCAGCAGCCCCGGGCCAGAAUUCGCUGGCUACACAAACCGCAAACAUGAACUGUCGGCCCACAAGGGGUGCCUGUUAUGGGGAAGCAGGGUUGUUGUUCCCCAGCCCCUCCGCAAAAGGGUCCUCACAGCCCUACACGAGACACACCCAGGGGUAGUGAGGAUGAAGGCCCUUGCCAGGAGUUAUGUGUGGUGGCCGGGGAUUGACAGAGAGAUAGAGGCCUGGGUCCAACACUGCCAGACCUGCCAAGAAUCCCGCCCGGAUCCCCCAAGGGCCCCAGUCCAGCCCUGGGAGUCCGCCCGACAUCCAUGGUCACGCUUGCACGUGGACUUCGCUGGACCCUUCCAGGGAAAAACAUUCUUCAUAGUGGUGGAUUCCUACACCAAAUGGCUGGAGGUCGCACUGGUACCGUCCACUUCUACGGCGGCAGCCAUCCGGGUACUACGUAAGCUUUUUGCAAACCACGGGCUCCCUGACACCCUCGUCUCGGACAAUGGAACCGCAUUCACGUCAGAGGAGUUCCAGACCUUCACAGCGCAGAACGCCAUCCGCCACAUCCGCUCAGCACCAUUCCACCCUGCCACCAAUGGCCAAGCGGAGCACAUGGUGCGGACCACCAAGGACAGCCUCCGCCGCAUGACACAAGGGGACUGGGAAUACCGCCUUGCCGCAUUUCUUCUAGCACAGCACAGCACCCCAAGCACAACGACGGGCAGGAGCCCAGCUGAACUACUAAUGGGCCGGCGCCUUGCAACUAGACUGGACCGACUUCACCCCGACAGAGCUCAGGAUGAGGUAGUGGUGGGGAAAGGCAGGAACCCCCGGACAUUUGUGGCCCAGGACGCAGUGUACGCAAAGAAUUUUGGGGCAGGCCCAGCAUGGGUACCCGCCACAGUCACCAAGGUGACCGGUCCCGUGUCGUACGAGGUACUAACGGAAGGGGGGCAAUGUUGGCGCCGCCACUGCGACCAGCUACGGCGACGAUUCCCAGGAGGAACCCGGGAGGAGAGCGGGACAGAGGGGUCCCAAGGGGACAGCAGGGCAGUGAGGCCUGUAGAGCGAGAGGGGUGGGCAGGGGAAGCAGAAGCAGAAGCAGUAGGCACAGAGGGGCGCCCCGAGGCUGGAAGGACACCGGAACCAGAGCCACAACCUAGUGGUUCAGUGGCGCCAGACCAGACAGCCCCGGCACAGCCAGCAGCCUCGGAACACGAGCCAGAACCAGAACCCCUGACCAAGGAACACCCCAGGCCACAACGCACACGGAGGCGGCCAGCAGACCUUGGGGACUACGAAUGCAACUUCCCGGGCAGGACUGGAACUUAGAGGGGAGGGGUGUUAUGUACUGAGCUGAAUCCUAGAACAAUAGGAUUCAGAAACAGCGGGAGCUACCCAAUCCAACUCCAGGUGGAAGUGAAUCCGCAACCUGAUUGGCCUGCUGGAGCAGCCAAUCAGGCGGCGGGCAGAAGUGAAUCUGCUACCUGAUUGGCCUGUAGGAGCAGCCAAUCAGGCUGCAGGCAGAAGUCAAUCCACAAUAUAAUUGGCCCACAGGUGUAGCCCUGAAGUAGCCAAUCACGCAAGGCCCAUUGUGUAAAUAAUGUAUAUAAGCAGAUGGUUUUGGGAAAAGAGCCAUUCUUCUUCUCCUCUUCUCCUUGAUGACUAUGAGCUAAAUAAAGAGCAUGAAAUUCACUCUCGACUCCGAGUACAUUUCAGCACCUGAUGAUAAUUUGGGGUUGGUGGUGUUGAAAUGCUUUCCCCAUUCCCCUGGCUACCACAUCCAUCCCUCCCAAAACUUCUUUGGGCAAGAAUAGGCCGAAAAUUCUGCUGCACCAAGGAUGUUUGCAAACCCAGCCAGAUGGGCAGGGUAUAAUUAUUAUUAUUAUUAUUAUUAUUAUUAUUAUUAUUAUUAUUAUUAUUAUUAUUAUUGCAAAGCAACCCCAAGCACUGGUUACAAGAGCAAGUCCUGUAUUCUCCUCCCCUUUCACCAGGCACUAUGUUGCACUAUUAAAUGUCCAGUCCCACGGGGGGGGGGGAAUAGAAAAAUAGAAAGAUAAGUAGCAGAUGUAGGGUUGCCAGACCCAAUAGAGGACAGGACUUC